AUGUCCAUGGAAGAGCCGACCGAAGCCAGCCCGACAGAUCGCGAAGAUGACGAGCCGUCAGAGCCGAGAGCGAAGCGCGCGAAGACCGAAGGAAACGGGGAUGCGCCCCUGGACGUGAACCCCGACGAAUUCAACGCGCAGCUUGCAGAGCUUUUUGGUGAAGAUGUUGAGCCGUCAGGCCUGGAAAGGGUCCUUGCAGAAGCGGAAGCUGCGCUUUCCGAUGCGGAGUCGGCCGCGAGCUUUAUUGUAGAUGAGCCCCGGCCACGGGAUGAGGCAACUGAGUUUGGUAUCUCGCAGGACAAGCUUGACUUGGUCGUAGAUAUCUUCGGAGACACCUCGGUGUUGAGGCCCAUCGUGGAAGACGAGCCAGGUCCCGACGAGGAUGCGGUGCCAGCGGCAGUUCAUGCUAGCCUGGGCGCCGCCGAGGCCGCUGCUGCAUCGUCCUUAAAGCGCGAAGGCCAGGCCGAGGCCGAUGCCGAGGACGUGAAGAUGCUCCCGGUGCUUCCGGUCAUGGACAGCCUUAGCCUUGAUCCGGACGUUUUGGAAAAGUCUUACCAGCUGCCGAAGGACCAAGAAUAUACGGCGAGCCAGGAGCCGGAGCGCUGGCUGCAAUUCUACACGUCCGGCUCGGGCUCGCAAGAUCGGUCCUGGACAGAUGAGGAAUACCAGAAUGAGGCUCGUUGGCUUUUCCUGCAGCUCUUCAAUCCCAAAGGCUAUCAGCGUGAUCAGACCGAGGACGCCGUCAUCCUCGUACUGACAUUCCUGCAUGAGCAAAGGCUUGAGAUGCUUUACAUAAUUGAACAUCUCUGGUGGAAAGUGUCCAAGGUCCUCACGAAGGAAGACCUCUGGAGCAUACAGGAGUUUGACUUGCAGUGGCAGCCUCUCUGGACCAGAUACCAGCAUCUGCAGAAAUGGGUCGACAACGUGGAAAAGCUGGGUCAAACCCAGCAAUUUCCGGAGUACAUCAAGAAAAAGACCGUCCGAGAGGUUUGGCGGCACCAAGAUGCAGAGACACACCAGAGAGAUGCCCAGGAAUGGUUGCAGUCCAUGCAUCCCGCACAAGCUCCAUCUACAGGGAGAGAGCGUAAGCGUAGCAGCACCUCCGUCGACGCAAUCAUGGAGAUGGCCAGGAAGUCCAAGUUCGACGAGAAGUUGGGCAUCGUGGAGUCCAUCGAUAUCAUGUCGCUGCAGGCUUUUGGGAUCACGCCUGCGCAGCUUGGGGAGAACCUGCAA